AUGAACUUCCAGCGGUUGUGGGCUGUGCGAGCACUGUUUCUCCUGCUGUGGCUGCUGCUGCCGGCCGUGCCUGUUCCGUGGGCCGAGGCCAGGAGGUCCAGAGUCUCGCUGCCCUGCCCGGACGCCUGCGAUCCCACGCGCUGCCCGCCCCUUCCUACCUGCUCGGCCGGCUCCUUGCCGGUGCCCGAUCGCUGCGGCUGUUGCCAAGUGUGCGCCGCGGCCGAGGGCCAGGAGUGUGGCGGGGCGCGGGGCCGGCCGUGCGUCCCGGGGCUGCGCUGCGGCGCCCCGUUCUCCCGGGAGCCGUCGGGGAGCGCGUGGCUGGGUACCUGCGGCUGCGUGGAGGGUGCGGAGGGCGCGGCGGUGUGCGGCAGCGACGGGCGCACUUACCCCAGCCUGUGCGCGCUCCGCAAGGAGAACCGAGCCGCUCGCCAGCGGGGCGCGCUCCCGGCCGUGCCGGUGCAGAAGGGCGCCUGCGGGGAUGCAGGGACCACAAGAGCAGGGCGGCUCCGGAGAAAGUACAACUUUAUCGCCGCAGUAGUGGAGAAGGUGGCGCCAUCUGUGGUUCACUUGCAGCUGUUCCGCAGAUCACCUCUCACGAACCAGGAAAUCCCUUCGUCCAGCGGCUCCGGGUUCAUAGUGUCUGAGGAUGGGCUCAUUGUCACCAAUGCCCACGUCCUCACCAACCAGCAGAAGAUCCAGGUCGAGCUCCAGAGCGGGGCCCAGUAUGAAGCCACUGUCAAAGACAUCGACCAUAAACUGGACCUUGCACUGAUUAAGAUUGAGCCAAAUACUGAGCUUCCAGUUCUGCUGCUGGGAAGAUCCUCUGACCUCCGGGCUGGAGAGUUUGUGGUGGCUUUGGGCAGCCCAUUUUCUCUGCAGAACACCGUGACUGCAGGGAUCGUCAGCACCACACAGAGAGGCGGCAGAGAGCUGGGACUGAAGGAUUCAGACAUAGACUAUAUCCAGACGGAUGCCAUCAUUAACCACGGAAAUUCUGGGGGUCCGCUGGUGAACUUGGAUGGCGAUGUGAUUGGUAUAAACACUCUGAAGGUGACUGCAGGGAUCUCUUUUGCGAUCCCCUCAGAUCGGAUCAGACAGUUCCUGGCAGACUAUCAUGAGCGCCAGUUGAAAGGAAAGGCUCCUUUGCAGAAGAAAUACCUGGGUCUUCGAAUGUUGCCCCUCACUCUAAACCUCCUUCAGGAAAUGAAGAGGCAAGAUCCAGAUUUCCCUGAUGUGAGUUCUGGAGUUUUUGUAUAUGAAGUGAUUCAAGGAUCGGCUGCUGCAAGCUCCGGGUUGAGAGACCAUGAUGUAAUUGUCAGCAUUAACGGGCAACCUGUCACCACCACAACUGAUGUCAUUGAAGCUGUUAAGGACAAUGACUUUCUCUCCAUCAUUGUGCUUCGAGGAAGUCAAACCUUGUUUCUGACAGUCACACCUGAAAUAAUCAAUUAAGUAUCUUACUCUGAGAAACUGGCUAGUGAAACCAGUUAUAUUACCUGGUUUCUAUCGAAGUGCUGGAGAUGGCAGGGUCUUCUGGCUAUCAAGAAAAAUGGAUGCACGCACACGCACAUGCACACACGCGCGCACAUGCACACAUACUCUCAUGGAUUCUGAGGUUGAGGGUGCUAUUCUGCUGCAAAAACCUUCCUAACUCAAGUGGAACCAGCUCCGGUGAUCUGAUAAAAUUUAAAGACAGUAAUGACUGGAAAACAGGCAAUUCCUAACUAAUUUUUGACAGGAUACUUUAGUUACCUUCUAUAUAGCCACAAACUGAUAUGUCACACACAUGUACAAAUUAUCUACCAACUAUUAAGAGCCUGAAUCUGGAGUAAAGAGGCAGCUACAUUUUAAAUAAUACCCCUUUGUAUACUGAAUUUCCCAGGUUAUAUCCACUUUGGGCCAGGGUUUGUGGAAAGGUCAUCAAGUGUAAGACAGAUUGGAACUGACAACAUCAGACUCCCACACUGGAGUAUGAUCAUUUUAGUGGUAGAAACAACUUGGACCUCUAGUGUUUCUGAGAAUGUUUUCUAUUAAAAUAAUUUUUGAAUCAUUUA